CUGUGCAUGCCGGGAAACGUAGUUCUGUCCACCUAGCUAUUACCUUUACUUUGAACGUAGAGUUGAAUUUGCUACCCUACAGUUCCCGGCAUGUCUUUGACUUGAAGCGGUGAGCAGAGUUGCCUAAUGUUAUGAGAAUUUAUCGUUUACACAACGCCGUGUUUUCCAUCGAGAGACGCCGAAGAACUUCGAUUCAUAAACUUAGCCAUGAGGAAUCUUUGGACCAAAGCAGGUGUUUUAGGUUCCAUGUCAGUGGCUUUUGGGUCAAUGCUGUGGUCACAGAAGCAAGCUGACUCUGACCAGGUUGCUUCCAGUUGCACCUCUGCUUAUACAAAUCCUAGUUCUCCCUACGAGCUAAAAUUGGUCCAAGUCCUGUUCCGACAUGGUGCUAGAACGCCUCUAAAGUCAAUACCUGAUGUAAUGGAGGUCGAAUGGGCGGCAACACUCUUGGAGCCUCCAGCACACACCCACAUCAACUAUGAAGUGAAAAACCUUGACGGUGGCCCUAGACCCCCAGCUCCUGUAGAAGACAGCUAUCGGAAAAACGUGCUGAACGGUGGCACGUUCCCCGGUCAGCUGACCACGAUUGGCAUGCAGCAGCUGUAUGAGCUGGGCAAAAAGCUCAGGAGGAGAUACAUCGAGGAGACCCAUUUCCUCAGCUCCACCUUCAGCCCAGCUGAGGUCUAUGUGCGUUCCACAAACAUUGUGAGGACCAUUGAAUCUGCCAAGUGCCUGGUAGCGGGGCUCUUCCUGCAAAAACAAACAGAAAUUGUUCCUAUAUUAACAACGGCGUCAGGAUCUGAAAUCCUGUAUCCUAACUACCAUGGAUGCAAGCUGCUCAAGUUCCUUGUCAGCCACCGCUGGGCAGAGUCGUCCACUCUGCCAGACAUUGCAGCAGACCUUCAGAGCAUCCAGAACGAGUUGGGCAUUGCCGCUCACCAGCACAUCGACUUCAUCCUCAUUAGGGACGACAUGGUUGCCAGAGAGGCGCACGGCCUCCCCUGCCCAUCAGGGCUGGACACCUGGAGGAAUAAAGUGGAACAGAGAGCUGUGGAAAUGAUCUGCCAUGUGUAUGAAAACAACAACAGCAGGGAGAACCUGCAGCUGUGUGUGGGACCCCUCCUGCACUCAUUCUUAACCAACAUUGAGGAGAAACUUGAGGGCACCGUAUCAGAGCCAGACAGGAAGCUAUUUUUGUACUCUGCACAUGAUACCACAUUGAUUCCCUGUUUGAUGGCUCUGGGGAUUUAUGACAUGAGAUGGCCACCAUUUGCCGCCGAUAUCACUAUGGAGCUGCACCAACACCGAGAGACCAACAAGUCCUUUGUUAAAGUGUCAUACAUCGGCCAGGAUCAACUUAUACCAGGUUGUAGUGGAGUCUACUGCCCCCUGGAGGAGUUCAAGCAGGCCCUCUCAGCAUACUCACUGAACUCUGAGGGCUACCAGUCACUUUGUAACAGCACAGAGGGCCUGACUAAACCCUGAACCCUCAACAAACCCUCAAGUCUCAACACAGUGCUUUCUAUGACAUUAAACUCUUAAAGGUAGCAUACAUCAUGUUUUUGUUUACUUUACAUCUUCCUCUCUCACUCCAUCAAAUUAGGUUCAAAUUCAAGAUGGAUUUAAUGGUUAUGACAUAUUGACAAGUUUAACUGCAGAUUAAUUUUGCUAAACAGUGUUUACGUGUUAUCAGAUGCUUGGUGAAUAUGUGUCUGUUUGCCUUGAUGUUGAGGGCUAUGUUUUUCUGAUCAGCAAAACCAACUGUCUUGCCGGUCACACAUCUUUAAAAGCAGAUGACAAAUACAUACUUUCAUUUUUGAGGUAUAUGGCACAGAGUAUUAAGCUACAUAAGGGUUGCCUAAACAAGUGAUAUUUAUUUAAGGCUAAUGUGGCACCAAUGCUGUAAUGUGAUUGCUGAUGCAAUUGUUCUGCAAAUUUGGUUGUGUUCACAAUCAAAUCUUUUCAUUCCUCUAAAUAUACUAAUCAGUCCAUGUACUGUAUCUAAUGUUUGGGACUGCAUAUUAGUGUGUAGGUGAAUGUCUUCAUAACCUUGUAGAAUCUGCAGAAAUGGAAUAAUUCUGCUUCGGUAUGUUUUAAGAUUGAAACAUUAGCUUGCCUUCUUGUGAGGAUUUGUUGGUACCAUCAGACCAUGGUAUAAUGUAUGUAUGUAUGAAUACAUGCCCGUUAUAUAGACCUGUGUUACAAUAACACGCGUUAUACCUCAUCAGCGAGACGUUCCUGUGACCUGCUGUGUAAAAUAUAAAGGUUUGCUUUGAUGACAAA